CGCCUUAAUCUUGUCCCCUCUGCUCUUGCCCUGCGCCUACCCUUUUCACCUGCCUCGGAGUCGCCUUCCCUCUUUAAACCCCCUUCGACUGCUGUCACCUGCCUCUUGCCUCUGCCACUAAACAUAAACAACACCCGCUCCCUUCACCUCCACAACAACAACAGCAACAACAAUGGCAGCCCUCACGAGCCGCCUCUGGAGCUGCUUCAUGCCCCCAAAGGUCGAGAAGAGUCCCGAUGCCAUCAAGUUUGGAAUCUUUGGCGCUGCCCAGAUUGCACCCUUGACCCUCAUCAUACCGGCAAAAUCACACCCCGAGGUCGUCGUCCAAGCCAUCGCUGCUCGCGAUCGCUCCAAGGCCGAAGCCUUUGCGAAGAAGCACGGCAUCCCAGAAGUCAAGAACUCGUACGAUGAGCUGCUGUCCGACCCAAACAUCGACGCCGUCCUCAUCCCCCUCCCUAACGCCUUGCACUUCGAAUGGGCCGUGAAAGCCAUUCGCGCGGGGAAGCACGUCCUCGUCGAGAAGCCCUCCACCUCCAAUGCCGAAGAGGCCGACAUCCUCUUCAACCUCCCCGAGCUGUCGCAGCCCAAUGCUCCCGUCCUCCUCGAAGCCUUCCACAACCGCUUCUUCCCCUCCUGGCACCUCUUCACCUCCCUCUUCGACCCCGCCGACGUCGACCACGUCCAUUCCGAGUCUAUGAUUCCCUGGUGGGGCACGAAAGAAACUGAUAUCAACUUCCAAUACAACCUCUCCGGCGGCUCCAUCAUGGCCAUGGGAACCUACAAUCUCGCCGCUCUCCGUCUUGCCUUUGGUGCCGAGCCCGUUGAGUGUCUGAGCUGCGAGACGGAAGCUUUCACCGAGGGCCCGCAAAAGGGCUGCGACUGGAACUUCAAGGCCAAGUUCCGCUUCCCCGGCGACAGGAUCGGCGAGGCCACCACGACUCUCAAAGGUCCCACUUGGUGGACUCCCUCGACUGUGACGGUGACGACCCGCGAGAAGCCCGUCGCCGACUCAAAGCUCCCCAACACGCACGAGAAGACCCAGUCGAGGCACAUUGUCCUCCACGGCCUCAUCCACGGCGUCUUCUGGCACCGCAUCGACGUCACCGACGUCUACACGGUGCGGGACCGGGAGUCCGGUCGCGUCAUCUCCAAGAACCAGCAGAAGACAAGCCACAAGGCCUACACCUUCAAGGAGGCUGGAGGCCAGUUUGCGAAUCUUCCCGGUGACACCCACUGGAUGAGCUACCGGUACCAGCUGGAGGAGUUUGUAAACAAGAUCAAAGGCCGCAAGACGCAGUAUUGGGUCAGUGGCGAGGAUUCCAUCAACCAGAUGAAGAUGAUUGAUAUGGCGUACGAGAAGAGCGGGCUAGGUCCUAGGCCGACGAGUAAGGCGGCGCUAUGAGGGAUGCUUCUUUCUUCUUUUGUUUUCUUUUCAUGACAUGGAGAUAUACCAGGACAUACACUUUCCCUUACCCCCAUCUUCUUUCACGGUGGAGGUGGACACAUCUACAUUAUGACAGGGGAGAUGACGGAGUUCUCCCCAGUCCAAUCAAAUGGGGCUGUCUCUUGUUGGGAUUGGGAUUCCCGGCGCAACACU